AUGUCUGCUGCUGUUGACGUUAUUUCUCACGAAGAAUUUGUUCCUUCUAUUUCUUCCAAGUAUUCUGAUGUAAUUGGCCACAAGCUUGGUGGAUCCAUCAUUUCUUUCUCUGAUGAAUGGUUUGCUGCCGCUGAAAACCUCAUUGCCCCUAAUGCCCCGAUCCGCCAAAUUGGCAAGUUCACUCCUGCCGGUGCCUGGUACGACGGUUGGGAAACACGCCGUCACAAUACUGAGCCAGCUGACUGGGUCAUCAUAAAGCUUGGUGUUGCUAGUGCCCAACUCAUUGCAACUGAAAUCGAUACCGCCUUUUUCAAUGGUAAUCACGCCCCAGCUAUCACAGUCGAAGCCACAUACCUUGCCCCAUCUGAAAAGCUUGAGGUCUCUGAGCGCGAGUACCUAGAGAAGCAGGCUAACUGGGAUCUUGUCAUUGACAAGACCGAAUGUGGCCCUUCCCAGCGUCACUUUUUCGUUCGCAAGGACGGGUUGACUGAUAAAGUCUACACUCACGCAAGAAUUAAGAUGUACCCUGAUGGUGGUAUUGCCCGCUUUAGACUUUACGGCAAGCCCACUGCGGUCAAGCCCACAGACCCCAACGAGGAAGUUGAUCUGGCACACGUUGCUAACGGUGGUGUUGCCAUUUCUUUCUCUGACCAACACUUUGGUGCUGUCGACAAUCUGCUGAUUCCUGGUCGCGGCAAGGAUAUGGGUGACGGCUGGGAGACUAAGCGUUCUCGCGAGCAAGGACAUGUUGACUGGGUCAUCGUGCGCCUUGGCUUGCCCGGAUACCUUGACAGAGUUGUUAUCGACACUGCCCACUUUAAGGGUAACUUUCCUCAGAGCAUCACCGUCGAGGGUCUUAACUCGGAUGAUGAUAAUAUUACUGUUGAUGACGCGCGGUGGAAGUUUGUUGUUCCCCAGGCUAAGACUGGCCCUCACAAGGUUCACGAGUAUAUUAGAGAGGGUGAAAUUUCUUUUUUGACCCAUGUCGAGGCCGAGAACAAGGAAUCUUACGGUGUUCUCCAGGCUACUAAAGAACAAGUUUACACUCACGUCAAGUUGACAAUCAUUCCUGACGGUGGUGUUAAGAGACUGAGGGUUUACGGCCGAGUCAAGUUUUAA